AGAAGUUGCGCAGUUGCAAGCACGCGUGUCGUCGCGACGUGCCUCAGUGAGCGUCCCAACGCCGGUGACGCAGGUUUCACCGAGAGUACCGGUUCCCUGGAACCGCGGAAAUCCCGCGCCCCGAGGAAGUGAUCAUUAACUCAAGCGAUAAUUAACGUGUGAGAUGUUAGAUGGGUGCUGAUGGCCAUUUUCGGGUGACGCUGUCUGUCAGGAAGGAGCCCGGCGCCGGUCCCGUCUUCUGCAAGAUGGAGACCUCAGCGAGAUUCCGGCAGCUUAAGACAGUAAAACUCAGCUGCGAGUCCACCUACAGACUCGACAUCAGCUUCAAACCCCCACAACUGUUGCAAUCGCUCAGCAUCGGUGGAAAACCCGUCGAGGCGAUUGAAAGGGCGCGCGAUGGAACAGCUUGCGCUUACAGCGCUUAUUACAGCACAAAGGACGUGGCACCUUCAGCACGUGGUCAUCGAGAGGAAUUACCAAUUGCAAUGCGAGUCCUAGCCUCCGGCUACCUCACCACCUGCCUCCAGAUAAAGUAUUACAAGCCUGACGAUCACAGCCACUGCGAGUGGGGCUCGCGAUUGCACUGCAUCGAGCUCGAUUGCUCGAGUGUCGAGGGUAGGCUGGUGACAGUGGACAAGGAGACAUAUCGGAAGUUGGGAAUCGAGUCUUAGCAUUCGAUAAACGAGCCUCUGACACCAGAAUCCGGUGAUAAGAUUUUUAUGUUCGAAAAUCAGUGGUGGAAGUUCACCUGAGGUACAUGUUCUCGGUUUUUUCUUCGAGCUUUUCGGCGUAUUUCGACGCGGUUUAGGGAGGUGUUUAGCUCAUGUUGAUCGUGGCAAUGAUAACUCCGGUGGAAAUUAAUAAUUGUCGUGCGUUGAAUUUACUCGCGUAAGGAAAUAAGAAUUUUAGACGAUUGAACGGUUUCUAAAUGUUGAAUGUGAUUUUUUGAGAGGUUCGAUUGGGGCUACAACUACAACUGCAAAAAAUCACUGAUUAAUUGGCAGUUGCCUGAAAAACUAGGACAUUCGGGGGAGAAACGUCAAGAGGUAUUUUCCCCCUGAAGUAUAAAAAGAGUGCGGAAUUUUCUAUUUCUCAAUUUUUCUCCCGCUCGCUGAUCACGUCUGCCUCCUUCACUAUUACUGUCGUUCAAUCAAUGUGAAUAAAUUUCCCCUCAGUAUUUUCAUUUUCCGAGCCAUAUGUAUCUUGUAUAUAUUUCGAGAACGUCAUCUUCAACGAGUAUACGCAGAAUACCACUAUUCUCGGUGAACAGUUCGGUCUCUAACAUGACCCAAUUUACUCCAAGAAAUAACAGAUACGGAUUUAGAUGUCUCAUAUUUGCCAUUAUCAUACGUCAAUAUACGAUUGUAAUAAACAUAUCGAUGUUGAUAACUUGAGUGAGGUUGAGUCAAUUGACAUUAUGUGCAGAGAAUAUUAAACGGAGAAUUUCAUGUGGAUCUGGAUCCUUUUAUCAUGUCUGUGAAAUUUCAUUCAACUGAAUUCAUUAAUUAAGACGAAAUGAAAAAUAAUACGCAUCGAGGCUAUUUCCCCCCGUAAUUUCCAUACCCAUGACAUUCUCCACAAACAUUAUAACAAAAUUAAUCAAUUAGUCACUCGCUUGUAGCGCUGAUAAGCGAGCCGACGACCUAGUGCCUCUUUUCAUGCUUAAACUAAUUUUUGUAAAUCAAGAAUGUAAACCGAUACUGAAUAAGAAAUAUUGUUUGUAUUUUUUGUAUUUAUUAUGUUUAUAAACAUGAAUACACUGGUCAUAUUUCAUCAGUAUUUACACAUAUUCAGGUGGGAUGCGAAUACGUAAAUAAAUUACUGUAUAUUUGGGUA